UUGUUCAUAGGUGAAAACUAAAAGGAGUAGAAGGUCACUGUAAUGGCCUGAAAUCUGCUACAACUACCAUUCUUUUUUGUUUCUUCUACUCACACCACCACCGCCAUCACCACCACCACCAUGUAGACUCUUUUCCUCUCUCUUACUCUUCUCUCUCUAGCUUGCUCUCUCUCUCUCUCUCUCUCUCUCUCUUUCUCUCUGAACACAAACAAGUACAUUCUUUUCCUACAACAAAGCACAGCACAAUGCCAGCCCUCAAUCCGCUGAUGAUCCUCUUGCUCACGACUGUCUACUUCUUCACCACCGCCACUUGUUACCACCACAACCGCCACCUCCUCCACCAGCCCCUUUUCCCCUCUGAGUCCUCCCCUCCAACCCAACCCCCAUCCUCCUCUCCCCAAUCCCAGUCCACCCCAAUUCCCAAACUACCCUUCUCCUCCUCCUCCUCAACCCCUCCCCAAAAACCUUUCUUUCCCUCCUCCUCCCGCUCUCAUUCCCCACUGCCCCCUCCCUCCCCAACUUCCCUCACCUCCUUCCCCGCCAACAUUUCCUCUAUCCUCUUUCCCAGAACCUCCUCCUCCUCCUCCUCCUCCCACCGCCACGUCAUCGCCAUCGCCGUCUCUGUUUCUAUCACUGCCUUCAUCAUCAUCGCCUCCGCCGCCGCAUUUCUGUACUACCGUCGAAGCCGGCAGCUUAACCCCACCUUAUCCGACGAUAAGGCCUCCAGACCCGACAGUCUGCGUCUGUUCCCGCCAAACACCGCCUCCUCCGACGCGGUUCACAAGCAUUGUAGUAGUACGCCCAAUACCAGCAAAGAGUUCCUCUACCUCGGCACCUUAGUUAGUCCCCGAGGAACUGACGAAGAAAACGCCGCGAACACGAGCAAUGCGGGCUUGACGUUCGGGGGGUCGAGCCAUUCUGCCUCGCCACCGUAUCAGAAACUGGGCUCGCCGGAGCUGCAGCCGCUUCCACCACUUCCCAAGCACAAUUUCAGACGGAGCUUCAAGAAUUCCCAACUGGGUUCCGACGACGAAGAGGAGUUCUUUUCUCCCAGAGGAUCUUCCGCGAGUCCCAAACAUGGUGGCGGAAGAAUAACAAGCUCCGACAGAGUGUUGAAGGCCGUCGAUGGCGUCAACUUCGGAAGCAGAAGCUUCAAUUCGAGAACUGCAUCAUACCCAUGUUCGAAAUCUGCUUCCCCAGCAAGUUCUGGGUCUCGCACGGUCUCGCCAGCGUUGAAUAUGAGCCCCAUAAGCUUGAAAUCGAAGUCGCCGGACUCAGUAAUCAACUUCCCAGCUCCAUGGCGGCCUCCUCAGAUACCGGUAUCAUCGUCCCCAUCAUUAUCCUCGUCGUCCUCAAGAAAAUCUGACCUUUUCGGGCUGAAGAAUCACUCUCCGGAGAGAAAUAAAAGUUUUGUUCCGAUCAGACUUUCUCCUCCGCCUCCUCCGCCGCCACCCCCGAGGUUUUGGGAAGCUCCAGUUGGUCGAACUCCGAACACAGGGCCACCGGUUCUUAUCACGCCUUCCCGGCCUGCUGUGGUUCAAACUUCGGCACCCAUUUUGGCGGGUGAAAGUUCAGAGAGCAAUGAGAUGGUGGAAAAGAAUGAGGAGACUCCAACAAAACCAAAGCUGAAACCUUUACAUUGGGAUAAAGUUAGGGCCAGCUCAGACCACGCCAUGGUGUGGGAUCGCUUGAAAUCCAGCUCUUUUCAGCUGAAUGAGGAGAUGAUUGAGACAUUGUUCGUGGUAAACAAUUCGGGUUUGGCACCAAAUGACAAUGUCCGGCGACAGAUUCUGCCCUCUGUGGAUCAGGAGAACCGCGUGCUUGAUCCGAAGAAGUCUCAGAACAUUGCAAUUUUGUUGAGGGCACUUAACGUUACCCUUGAUGAAGUCUGUGAGGCGCUUUUGGAAGGUAAUUCUGAUGGACUUGGGACAGAACUGCUUGAAAGUCUAUUAAAGAUGGCUCCGACCAAAGAGGAAGAACGGAAACUAAGAGAGUUCAAAGAUGAAUCGCCGUUUAAGCUUGGCCCAGCCGAGAAAUUUCUGAAGGCGGUGCUCGAUAUACCUUUCGCGUUUAAGAGGGUGGAUGCAAUGCUCUACAUUGCCAAUUUUGAUUCAGAAGUUGAUUAUCUCAAAAGGUCUUUUGAGACUCUGGAGGCAGCUUGCGAAGAAUUGAGGAACAGCAGAAUGUUCCUCAAGCUUCUUGAAGCAGUGCUCAAAACUGGGAACCGCAUGAAUGUUGGCACUAACCGUGGCGAUGCCCAUGCCUUCAAGCUAGACACACUUCUCAAGCUUGUAGAUGUGAAGGGAACAGAUGGGAAAACCACUCUGUUACAUUUUGUUGUGCAGGAAAUCAUCAGAGCUGAAGGUUCGCGUCUCUCUGGCAUGAAUCAGAAUCGAACAACCGAGGAUAGUCAACAAUCUUCUUUCCGGGAUGAUGUUGAGUUUAGGAAGCUUGGCCUGCAAGUUGUUUCAGGAUUGAGUGGGGAGCUCACCAGUGUAAAGAAGGCUGCUGCUAUGGAUUCAGAUGUUCUUAGCAAUGAAGUUGCGAAAAUUGCUGGUGGAAUUACAAAAAUAGCAGAAGUAGUAAAAUUAAUUGAAGGAAGUGCAUCGAAGGAGAGUAGCCAGAAAUUCUUCGAUUCCAUGAGUGGGUUCUUGAACAAGGCUGGGGAAGAGAUUGUAAGGAUUCAAGCUCAAGAGAAAGUUGCAUUCUCUAUGGUAAAGGAAUUAACAGAAUAUUUCCAUGGGAGCUCAGUUAGGGAAGAAGCUCAUCCCUUCCGAAUUUUCACGGUGGUGAGAGAUUUUCUUUCUAUUCUAGAUCAGGUGUGCAAGGUGGUUGGAAAAGUUAAUGAAAGAACUAUCGUUGGGUCAGCAUGUCAGUUCCCCAGGGUUCUGAAUGCAACCCUUCCACCGGUUUUUCCAGGACUCAGUGCAAAGCAGCAUGAUGGUUACUUGGAUGAUGAAACCGCGAUCUCGACUUAGUGCUUGAGUUUAUGUUGUAUGGAUGGGAUGAGCAUCUGGCUGGAGCUUUUGAUGAAUUGGUUACCUUUUUAGGUUCAGCACCCUUCCUUGUACUUAUAUAUAAAAUAUACACACAAGAUUUUGGAAUUGUUCCAUCUUGUGUAAUAUAUAGGGGGAAUUAGAUCAGAAGAUAAUAAGUUGUAGUAGAACAAUAUUUUGGUCUGAUGUAUAAAUUUUAUUAGUUAUAUUUAAAGCUUCUGGUUCAGUAA